AUUAAAUAGGUAGUCGAUAGUUCGUCUUCUAAAGAGUUAACAGUGUUAAAAUGUUUCGCAUAUUAUUAUUUGUGAUAUUAUUAAGUAAGACUGUUAUAUCUGCAAGUGUUACUCAAUUUCAAAUGACCAGUUUUGAGCCAUGGUUUCAAAAUGUGGACGGAUCAUCACAAAUUCAGCAAUCAAAUAUUAUGGCACAAGCAAAUAAAGCACCUGGAAUCAGUGUCGGAUACAUACCAGGUUCUGUCUCAUCGCCAUUUAAAGAAACUUUCUCAAAUUUAAACUCAAAUUUUCAAGUUAAUCGAUUUACAUUCCCAACAAUAUAUCAACAAAAUGUAUUAAAAUUGGAUCCAUUAAUCAAGACAAAUUUUAAUGUACAACAUCAAAAAUCUUUCGGCGCUGUGAUUAAUGUUCAACAACUCCAUGGUAAUUUUGAAACAAUACAGAAUACAAACAAAUUUCAGAAAAUUAUCAAAGGUGUGCCUUUAUUUCCUAAUUUAAACGUCGAUGUGUUUUCUAAACCACUUAUCCCUAAUCAAAAGCAUAACACCCUCCAAGUAGGGUUUCACCCUGAAUUUGAUAAUAAAAUUACGAACGUUAACUUAAAACCACGUCCUAAUACUCCUUACAAUAUUUUCCAAGGAAGUUUUCAUCCUAUACAUCCUUGGUUCAAUAAUCAACAACAGCAUACCUUUAAUCCUGAUGAAAGUCAUGUUUUUUCCAAUUCUAAUCAUACUAUCAAUAGAGCUACUACAGACUUUCCAGUAAUUCUUGAAUACAAUAAUAAUCAUCAUCAUUAUGCCUUAUCUACAUCAACAACAGUACGAACGCCUUCUUCGUCAGAAUCUACAAAUGGAAAUGAUGAAGAUGAAGGAAAUUACCCCGGAGAUGUAUACGAUAUUGACAUCCGCCGAGAUGAAGCAGACUAGACUAACUACUUGUACUGGAUUAUGUAGUUUAUAGUAAUAAAUUAAAACUUAAACAAAACACAAAAGUUUUUAAGAAUGAAUUACCGAACAGAAAUCGAAUAAAAUAGAUAAAAAUAAUAUAUAGAAUAUAAUAAAAAUAUCUAUCGAGUCAUUAAAAUGGAUGAGAACCCAUGAAUAAUUUUUGAUCAUCGAAAUCAUAAAAAUGUGUAUAACUGUAAGUAUGUAGAAUACUAAAACUUGUAAUAAACUAGGUACCUACCGAAACAAAACUGGUUUGCCAUGUGAUGAUCUGCGAAUUAGCCAUUCUUACUCGGAAAUAAGCGUCAGUUAAGUGUGGGCUGUUCGCUACGGAAUUAUCAACAAGUUGCGGAUAUAAAUAAAAUAAGUUAAAAAUUCAGGAAACAUGAACAUAAGUCUCUUAAUUUUUGUGAUGAUGGCAGUGAUGUGUUACGGAGAUUAUCCUACACCGAUUUUAGAUGCUAUCAUAAAUGGCGCUUCAAAAAUUCGUGCAAGGAUACAAAAUGCAGGUACAUUUAUUGAUAAGAUAGCUCACAGACAAAGUGGAAGUUUGAAUUUCGGGGGAAAUAUUGAUAUCAACAAAGAUAAUGAGCAUCAUCCUCCGCCUGGCUACGGAUCUCAUGGUUAUGGUCCAGGUCCAGGCCCUAUGGACUACAAUACUAAUGCUAAUAAUCACAAUAACAACUACCAGCCUGGAUUUCUAGUGAGACCUGGAAACAACCAACCUGGAUAUAAUAACGGACCAAGCAACAAACCGUGGCAAAAUUACAAUUAUAACGGGCAAAAUCAGAAUCAAAACGAAUAUUACAAUUCAGAAGACACGUCACAGGAAAAUAAAAACAGUCACGGUAACACCAACUACAAUAAAAAACCAAGCGAUGAUGGCCAAACUUUAUAUUAUGGUCCUAAAAAAGAAGACGGCCCGACUCGAAUACCUUUGAACCCAAAUGAAGUUAAUUACGGGGCCGACAAAACAGAAAACAAUUCUCCAAAAAGAGAAACUAAGAACGAAGAAGCUGACGACGACCAAGAAUAUAACAUCGAUGUGAGAUUUAACAAUAAUGAUUAAUUAAGUAACAUUGUAUUCAUAAUUAAUUUCAAUUAAAAUAAGUAACGAAUU